AUGGCGUUCGCUUCGCGUUGGAGGGAGCUGAAAAAGGAUGGCUGGAGGUCAAGACGCCCAACUGGGCUGUCUAACCAUUUCACGUAUCUCAAGCCAGGCAAAACAAAGAAGGAUGUAAGAAGGACAGACUAUUUUGUUGGGGAGGAAGAGUUGAUGCGAUACCUGGACACGCUGGACCUCGCCGAGCUCGCCCGGGAAAAGCAGCGCAAUGAGGGGCAUGUAGCGGCCUCACUGGCUUCGGAAAGCUCAGAUAAAGCUCACGCAGGAAGCGCUGGAAGCGCUGGAACAGAACAACCUGCUGGUGAAGCUGCACACGAAAACUCUGCUGAUGCUGGCGAAGAUAAUGUGGGCGCUUCGCUGCGCAACGAAAGCUUGCUCGCACAAGGCAACCGACUUACAACGCCAUCUCCAGAGAACAACGCAGUCAUAGUUGAAGGGUCGCCUCUUGGCAUGUCGUAUUCAUCUGCGGACGAGUCUGUUGAGAGCAACGAAUCCGAGUCAUUGCCAGGCUCAUCACGGAACCCCAGGAACCUCGAAAGCGCGUUUCAGGACGCAGACGUCACCAGCAAUCACGAAGAAGUGGCCUCGUCUAAUGCGGAGCUCACAGACAAAGCAGAUCUUGUUGGCGAUGGAUACGUGCGCUUGGAAUCUGACUCCGAAAAUGAUGAAGGUGUGAGCUGGGAUGCUGAUGAUUUGCUGGCCGACAAUAGCCAUCCCUUGGAUGAUGAAGAAAUUCCACCACCGCCCGAAAUGCUAUUUGACCGGUCGCUACUUGAUGCUGUUGGAGGUGUUGGAACAGUGGAGCGUGGGCCGUUACCCAUAGAGCUUCUUGGGGAGAUGGCAGAGCGAGGUUGGUCUGCACCAACAACACAGACGCCGUACGACUAUCUAAUGGAACCGUAUGAGCCUCGACCUACCAACGCAAUGCUUGACGACUAUCCACGGCUAUACCAGGGGGAGUUCGGUCCCACAUCACGAGCUCUAUUAGCUGCUGCAACGCCAUCUGGGGCAUUCUUGUACUUUGCACAGCCUGCGCUGUGGGACGAUAUUGCUAGUGCCAGUGAGGAUUACUACCACGAGAGCCUUGACGACCGUGUAGAAGGGCAAUUCGCUAAGCAAGUGGCAAGGGAAACGAAGCAUCCUGGCUUCAAGCGAAAAACUCGCGAACAGAUUCGAGAGGAGCUGGAGCAGGCUGCGGCAAUAACGGGGCGAGAGCUGUGUGUGUUCAUCGGGCUGCUGAUUGCAAGAAGUGUUUGCCCGAACAAGGAGAAACUUGAGAACCACUGGAAAACCGUGGAUGAGGGGGCGAUUCCUCGCGGGUGUUUCGGUCAGUUCAUGGUUCGUGAUCGGUUCAUGCACAUCUCUCGUAACUUGCAUUUUAGCUCCAACUCGGAUGAGCGUGCACGUACCGAUAAGGCGUGGAAAUUGAGGCCUGUGAUUGAUGCCUUGCAGGCACGCUUCCAGUCUGGCUACAUACCCCCAGCAGUUAUGGCUUUUGACGAGGCCAUGCUGCCUUCUCGUUCGAGUUUCAAUAAAAUGCGGGUGUACAUGAAAGACAAGCCCCAUAAAUGGGGGACAAAGCUAUUCAUGCUUUGCUGCAGUACAACGGCGUAUUGCAUUCGUUUUGAAGUUUACCUUGGUAAACAAGCCCAAGAAAGUCAGUCCACUGAUUACAAGUCUGGCCCUGCCGCUGUAACACGGAACCUCGAGCACGUUUUCGGCCCAACAGGACCUGGAACAGGAGCAAUGCGGCUUGUUGUGACGGACAGAUACUACACGUCGGUUCCGUUAGCGAUGCAGAUGCUCACGAAAGGCUACUACACCAUCGGGACGAUUCGUACCGAUAGGCGCGGGCUUCCGGUGUCGCUGGUUGGUAAGAAGGCAAAAAAGGGAGAAAAAAAGGUGAAGGCGCCUCGCAGUCGUCCAGCAAAUAUCGACAGAGGUACUUACACUGUUACGGAAUCAAAUGCUGUCCCUGGCUUGCGGGCUUUGCGCUGGUGGCUGGAUCGUGUAGUUCGUCGUGACAAAUUGAGCGGGCAACAAGCGGAAGUGGCAUGUCCUCGCAUUCUAAAAGAUUAUCAGACUUUCAUGGGGGGAGUCGACGUACACGACCAGUUGAGACUACAGAGGUACUCUCUCCAAUUGGCGAUCAAGUACAAGAAAUAUUACAAGUCACUCUUUUUGGGACUCGUUGAUCUAGCGAUUAUAAAUGCCUACAUCGUCUACAACCAGCGUCGAUCGAAGGAUGGCCUGCGGAAGGUGUCGCACGUAAAGUUUCUGAAGCAACUGCAUCUCGAGUUGUGCCAGCUCCGCGACAGGGAUUGGGAGUCGCUACGCACUAAUGAGGCACUCCAGUCGACCCCAGCGAGGGCUCAAUCCCGUCAGGCUGCCACGCGUCACAUGCCUGUGCCGAACAACGAAUGGCGCCCUGGGAACAACCACGAAGGCCGCAAGAGGCGCACCAGGGCGUGCAAGGUUUGCUCUCUAAUGAAGGGUGUGGAUGAAGAGGGUGUCGCUGGUGGCGGUUCUUCAAUAUUUUGCAGUGACUGCAAGCUGAAGCUGAAGACACGAAAGAAGAAGAGAGAAACGUCAGACGAAGAGCGUGCUAAAGAGGCAAAGGCACGCCGUGUCUUUCUGUGCGACAAGGCCUGGAAGAACGGCACCUCCCUGCCAUCGACGGUCGCGGAGCGGAAGAUUCGGGCGCGCAUUCCUGCAGAUCUGGACCAUGCCGACUACUCCAGCGAUGAUGGUAGCUCCCGGCGCUCCGACAAUUGA